UGAGCAAAAUCAUCUUUCUGGUGCCUCAAAAUACAACUUUGAGUCGGAGACGUACUACUUUAGAAACUGUUUUGGUUUUUUCCUCUCUCUGUCAAGUUUGCUGAUACGGAAAGAAUGAGGUGGACGGAAGUGAGCGCAGCAGUGCGCCGGUUAAAUAGAUCCGUGUUGCAACUAAAGCCGGCGUCAAAUCGGUACUGGAUUUUUCCAGUCCUGUAAUGUUAGGAAUAUGUCAAAUACAAAACCGAGUGGAUGUUUUCUGUUGUUUUGCGAAACGGAGUGAACCGGUUGGAAUAGUUUAAUUUCCUAUUUGGUCUUUUUUUAAAUUUUAUCGGGAAGACUGCGGGAUUAUCGAGCAUCUCGCCGUCCGACCAGACAGCUGGCAGACGGACUGCAUCCGAUGCUGCCUCCGAGCUGCAGAUGCGGUCUGCGUGGGUCCAAAGCCGGUUUAAGACCCCAUCUGAGAUGAAACUUGAGGACUGAACUUUCAAACAUGGAUAAACAUGACAGCGGCUACAACGAUGGAGGCUCCGCUGAAAGGGUGUGUGGUGAUGAAAACGUUAGGCCAACCUCCUCAUGGGGGAUCGAUCAUUCUGCAAAACAACUUGAUGCAGCUCACUUUUAAAGAUCACGUCUGCACUGCCGGAGUAAUAAUCCUUGAGUGCAACAGAAGCCCCCACAUCCACUAAUCAAUGACUGGCAGUUUAGCUCCGCGCAUCCCCGCACACGGACUGAAAAGGCCUGCAAAAAAAAGGUCCAUUGUUGCGGUGCAGCUGGCACCACCGUGCACACUCUUUGACUCGACUGUGAUGCUCGGGAGUGAGGAGGAAAGAGGCUGAGGAGGAGGAGGAGGAGAUGGGCUGCACCUCCGCCAAGCAGGUGUCUGCAGUACCCACCAGUGAGGAGGACCAGAGCAAAGCCCACAGCAACGGAGACCUUUUUUCUGAUGAGUACAAGAUGAAAGGAGUGGAGAAAGUCAAGUACAUCAGCGGGGACGAGGGAGGAGGAGUGGAGGGCCAGGAAAGCCAGGAGAAAAGUGCUUUACUUGGGAAAAGUCAACACAUGGAUGAAACAGGAUCUAAUGAAAAUGGAAAGAUGCUAAGCAUCCAUUCUUCAGAGAGCCAGCAAGAAUUCUUCAGGAUGCUGGAUGAAAAAAUUGAAAAGGGCAGGGACUACUGCUCAGAGGAAGAAGACAUGACAUAGCACCCCUCAGCCAUCACAUUAAGAGGAUGCCAGUGUUACAACCAGUCUAAAGUGGCAGCAGGGCAAAACUUUAUGGAGCAACUUCUUGCCCUCCUGCUCAGUAUGAAGCUCCUUCUUGUCUCAUCAAAUGACCAACAUCAAGAGUGGAUGGGGAAACUUAAUUUCAGUUCACUUUCUUGAAAAGCCAUUAUAGGACGUCAGGGAUUCUGGGAGAUCAAAAGAGAUUUUUCCCUGCUUGGACAACUCCUUAAGACGGUAUUACAGUACAUUGCUGCUUACAUCAAAAUCUCAGAAGAAUCAUUUGUCAGUCAGGAAAAUGGGCUUCAUGCAUGGAAGCUUUAUGACACUAAACUCAGCCAAUUACAUUACUUUGCCUUGAGUCAUCUAUUAAUUAAUAGUUUUUUUCAUAAAGUACAUCAGUGCAUCUCACAGAGACUCCUUAAUAUAUUGGUAAUAAGACUAUACAAUUAAAUUAGUUGCGCGUACAAUUUGGGAGCAAAACUGCAUCCCAAUGUGUCAUGCAUGAGGCCCACCGUGUCUCUCUGCCUUCUUUUGCAUUUCAGGAAACUGUUUUGGAAUCUCUUUUCUACAAUUUCUGGGCCAAAAUAAUGUUUGUCCGUCUACAUUCCUUUAUUAUAAUAUAUUAUGUUAAACAAGGCUCAGGUUUGAAGUGUUGUCGUCGUCUACUCACCCAUCACAACAUAUUAAAACACUCACAAAGUCGCCCGCUUUAAUAUCGCGUUCAGGUGAGCCCGUUUUUUGGGUGGAGUCACAUAUCGUUCUGUAUUUCACUCACUUUACGUGUUGUUUCUAUGUUGAACUUUUGUUUUUAUAGGAAAAAUAAAAGUGUUUUUGAAAACUUGUCAC